GGAAUGGUCUAUCUCGUCGCGCAAGCGCCCUAGGCUCUUCACGCCCCUCGCACUCCCUCCUACCCUACUUGCAGCGCAGGCGCAGAGCCUGGGCGUGCAACCGCUGCCGCCGAGCCAGAACUGGGGCCGCCAGCGCCGGUCUUUCCUUCCCCUGUCCAGCAUCCCUCACUACGAGCUGACAUCCACAUUAGAAGACCUGUGGCCAAGGUGUGGCUGUGGAAAGCUGGCCAGGGAGGGACACUGCCCAGCUUCUGCUCUGCUCCUGUCUCCUGUCCCCUCCCCCGGCCAUGACAGAGACCCGUGAGCCAGCUGAGACGGGGGGCUACGCCAGCUUGGAAGAAGAUGACGAGGACCUUUCUCCAGGCCCCGAGCAUUCCUCUGACUCCGAGUACACUCUCUCAGAGCCAGACUCAGAAGAGGAAGACGAGGAAGAAGAGGAGGAGGAGGAGACCACUGACGAUCCUGAAUAUGACCCCGGCUACAAGGUGAAGCAGCGCCUGGGUGGGGGCCGUGGUGGUCCAUCCCGCCGGGCCCCCCGUGCGGCCCAGCCUCCCGGCCCCCCAGCCCAGCCCUGCCAGCUCUGUGGCCGCUCACCCCUCGGGGAGGCCCCUCCGGGCACCCCACCUUGCCGGCUCUGCUGCCCUGCGGUAGCCCCCCAGGAAGCACCAGUCCCUGAAACGCGGGCCCUCGGCGAGGAAGAGGGGGGCGCGCCUCGGGCUGGGGAGGGCCGACCCACCGGGAGGGACGAGGAGGACGAGGAGGAGGAGGAGGAGGAGGGCACCUACCACUGCACCGAGUGCGAGGAUUCCUUCGACAGCCUCGGCGAGCUGCACGGGCACUUCAUGCUGCACGCCCGCGGGGAGGUGUAGGCAGAGCCCCACCCAGGGCGCCGGUAGAGGGGCGGGGGUGGGGGGGGGGGCGGGAGGGGUGGGAGGAGGGGGCUGAGGACACUGGGGUGGUCAAGGGGAUGGGGUCCCUCCAAUCUGUGUCGUCUUAGCAGUAGACAUGUGAAGGCCAGAAUAAAAGCCAAAUUCUGUCGGUCCA